AGGGAACGCAGGUCAUUGGCCGUUUGAACCGCUUCCAGUAGCUCUAUCGAAGGCAAUGUUGAAGUCGUCGAUGGCAAUCGCCGCCUUGGCUUUGUUGAAUGGGACACACGCCCCGGGAUGAGAUGAGGGUGAACUGCAUGGUGCGGCGCACGACCGUCAAAGUUGGCAUCGUCAAACAUGUUCUGGUCCAGGCAACGAUCGAGGUUGUAGGUGUUGCGACGGGGCCUGGCGUGGUAUGGGUGUUCAAGGGUAGCCGUAGCCGUGGGCGUAUUCGUGAAGUCACAUUGACUUUUGGCUGGACUCCUCAGAUAGACGGCGGUGGUCAGCGUUAUAAACCAGCGUAAGAACGUAAGCUCUCCGCCCUGAGGGGCGGUUUGAGGCUCAG